AUGUAUACAUUCGUUUAUAGGUCUCUUACGAAUUCUUCCUGUUUAAAAGCAACGGUAUUAAACGAUCUAAUUAUUUUCAUAUCAUACCUAUUAUUCUAUCUACCCCCCACCGCUCUCUCUCUCUCUCUAUCUAUCUAUCUAUCUAUCUAUCUAUCUAUCUAUAAAAUUAACUCACUACCUGACUCUCUGUUCAUAUCUAUCUAUAGCAGUCUCAGUCUGUUCAUAUCUAUUCAUCUAUCUAUCUAUCUAUCUAUUAUUGGUGCAAAAAUAAUGACUUCAUAUCUAUCUAUCUAUCUAUCUAUCUAUCUAUCUAUCUAUCUAUCUAUCUAUAAAAUUACCUCACUAUCUCUGUCAGUUCAUAUCUAUCUAUCUAUCUAUCUAUCUAUCUAUAAAAUUACCUCACUAUCUCUGUCAGUUCAUAUCUAUCUAUCUAUCUAUCUAUCUAUCUAUCUAUCUAUCUAUCUAUCUCAUUACUUUCCUCAGAAACCUCGACUACGUUCAGUUUUCGUUUGUUAUCUUCGUAUGCUGCCCGGAAGUCAGAUCACACGCAAUGUCGUUCAACUCACAAGUUAUUGUCCUUCUGUUGGCCAACGAUUUCUUCCCGCUAUAGUAGCUGUUCUUUUCGCCCGGCCAACCACCCUUUCCUCUCAGACCCCAAACUCACCCCUACCUUGCCACAAUCAGAGAGUAAAGCGCUUUACCUUAUCUUUGUUCCACUUCAUCGCUAAUCUCAACCAUCAUAUUUGUCUCUUUCUCUUGACCGGCGCAUUCUGCAAAUCCAUUCUAAGUCCUGUUCUGUCAUUCAUACGUUCACUGAAGCGAUCCUUCUGCCUACCGGACAAUUACCAGCAUACGCAACGAUUCGAAAAGACAAUCGCUCUGGCUCUGUUUAUUAUGUUAUCGCUCCCACUCUGUGAUUAUCUAUCUAUCUAUCUAUCUAUCUAUCUAUCUAUCUAUCUAUCUAUAUUCUCUCUCUCUCUCGCUCUUUGUCUCUCUGUCUCUCUCUUUGUCUCUCUCUCUCUUUGUCUCUCUCAAACACACAACUGCACAGUGUGCCGACAUGAAGGAAAUGAAGAGAGAAAAUAUUUCUUUCUUUCAUCCUUUUUUUCUUUCUUUUUCUUUCAUUUCUUUUUUCCUUUCUUUCUUUUUCAUUUCUUUCUUUCAUCUUUACUUUGUUCCUUUCUUUCUUUUUAUUUCUUUCUUUCAUCCUUUUUUCUUUCUUUCUUUAUCAUUUCUUUUUUCCUUUCUUUCUCUUUCAUUUCUUUUUUCCUUUCUUUCUUUUUUAUUUCUUUCUUUCAUCCUUUUUUCUUUCUUUCUUUCUUCAUUUCUUUGUUCUUCCUUUGUUUCUUUCUUUCUUCCUUUCUUCCUUCAGAUGUCACUAACUGGCAAGAGGCCUAA